GGGAAACGUGAGUUUGAUUCAAAGUGAACCCCGGUGAAACGACUACGGGACGUUUACCUAUCUAUAAGAACUAGCUACUGGUGCCGAGCUUUAGGUGAUUGUCAGUGCCAUCCCAAUUAAAAAUGCCAUCACCUCAAGCCUUGCAGCCAGUUCUGAAGAUGAAGGUGGAUGAGCUCUUCCUCAACUGGUUGAGUGAGCCCAAUACGCAGGUGAUACUGAAGGACUACCUCAGAAAGAUCAAGAAUGGAGACGAGCUAGAGUUUGCACAGGGGGAGUGUAAUGGGAGGGAUUCUCUUGUUUUCACGGAAAACAACAACGUCGCCUCUAAGAACAGUAUUACAGAGAGGACUUCUGCUUCAUUCAGCGCUUCCUGUAGCCCGCCCUCUGCCACGUUGCCAUCUGGGAGUGGCUGCAGUAACAGAGUGGGACCCAGCAGCAGGGCACUGCGACGCUCCAUCAGCAUUAAAAAGACUCAGGUUAAGAAAGAGGAGGCCGUGGUGCCAGCUCUAAGCGAGAGCAUUCCCAAGUUCUACUUCCCUCGAGGGCGCCCCCAAGCCAAUAUCAACAUUGACAAUCUCAUUUCCAAGAUAGAGAAAAUAUUUUCUCAAUUCCCCGAUGAAAGAGUGACCAUUGAGGACAUGGGGAAGGUGGCCAAGGCCUGCGAGUGUCCUCUCUACUGGAAAGCUCCAUUGUUCUACGCUGCUGGCGGAGACAGGAGAGGAUAUGUGUCUGUUCACAAGUUUGUGGCAAUGUGGAGAAAAGUGCUGCAAAACUGUCAUGAUGACGCGUCCAAAUUCAUUCACCUCCUGGCCAAGCCUGGCUGUCCUUAUUUGGAGCAGGAGGACUUUAUCCCAUUCCUGCAGGAUGUGGUGGAUUCACAUGCAGGUCUUGCAUUUCUGAAGGAGGCAUCAGACUUUCAUUCACGCUACAUUACCACAGUAAUUCAAAGGAUAUUUUACAAUGUCAAUCGGUCAUGGACAGGAAAAAUAACAUGUUCAGAACUCAGAAGAAGCAGUUUGCUUCAGAAUGUGGCACUACUGGAUGAAGAGGAUGAUAUCAACCAGCUCACUGAAUACUUCUCCUAUGAGCAUUUCUACGUCGUCUACUGUAAAUUCUGGGAGCUAGACACUGACCACGAUCUGUAUAUAGAUCAGAGGGACUUGGCACGGCACAACGAUCAAGCUAUUUCCCACAGAAUGAUCGAGAGAAUAUUUUCAGGAACGGUAACAAGAGACAGGAAGGUGCAUAAAGAGUCUAGGUUAAGCUACUCUGACUUUGUGUGGUUUCUCAUCUCAGAGGAGGACAAGAAGACUGAGACCAGCAUUGAGUACUGGUUCCGAUGUAUGGACUUGGAUGGCGAUGGAGUUCUGUCUAUGUAUGAGCUCCAGUAUUUCUAUCAGGAGCAGUGUCACAAGCUGGAGGCCAUGGCCAUUGAGCCUCUGCCCUUUGAGGAUUGUCUCUGCCAAAUGCUGGACUUGGUCAGGCCAGAACUCCCAGACAAAAUCACCCUCCGAGAUCUGAAGAGAUGCAAGCUCGCUCAUAUAUUCUUUGACACUUUCUUCAAUAUUGAGAAAUAUCUGGAUCAUGAACAGAAGGAUCCCUUCAUGGUUGCAAAGGAUGCGGAGACUUUGGGGCAGGAGAUUUCUGACUGGGAGAGAUAUGCUGCCGAGGAAUACGACGUGUUGGUUGCAGAGGAGGCGGCCAACGAGCAGUACAAUGAUGGCUAUGAAAACAUCCUGGACCCAAUUGACCAUCACAUCACCAGUGAGUUUGACCUGCAUGGAGAGAAGAGGCACCUCUUUGAGAUCCCAAACCCUCACUGUAACCUGGACCUAGACGAGUAUGAGUACCUGGACGAUUUUGAAUGACAGUCGCUGCAGCGAUACAAAUGUCCCCAGAAACCAUCCCCAGAAAGCCAACACCCAGCAGAGCACGACCAUGCAGGCUGUCCGCACUAAACCAUGCCUGGAGCUAUUCUCUGAACAGGACAUCAACUGAGCCACCCGCAAAAGCUCUCAAGCUGAUGUCCACUAUAACUGGCCAAGACACCAAUGUCCUGGUCAGACAUAUCAUGUGGAAGGGUUGUGCUAGCCCAGCAUCAAAGUACCUAUAAAAAGCCUGAUUGCUAAUAUCUAUAUCUAUGCAUGAUGGGCAGUAUGUGUGUGCAAGGCCUGUUGAGCACAGGGCCCUAAAGCCAGGCCACUGCGGUACAUAUGAAAUACUAAAUGCGCACCAAGUACAUAAUAUACAUUUUUUACCAUCUAGAAUUGGCUAAUAUGAAUUCAGAGAUUAACCAAAGUAAUUUCUGACUGCAGCUUGAGUUCAUGGACAGUGCAUUUCUAAUGCAGCUGUGUCUAAAUGUCUAAAAAUGUCUCACACCAUCAAAGGCCCUGUAUGGAAAAACCUCUAAAAAUAAUGUACCUGUCAGCCUCGAACUUUUGAUGUUUCACAGAUGUGAAAACUGUUUUAAAAUUAUAGACAUAUUUAUAAAUAGUUGUAAAUAUUUAUUUGAGCUUGCUGUGUUUUCUUCAGUGUUUAGGUUUAUUUCAGCUAAAUGUUUUCAACAAAUCAUGUUUGGAUUUUUUUUUCUAUAAACUUUACUGUCAUCCUUGAAAAACGCUUUUUAUGUUGUAUAAAAUGAGGUCAAAUAAAGUAUUUAGAAGUUAA